UUUUAUGAGAAGUAUGGAAGCCCCUUGAAUUUUCGGGGGCCCAAAGAAUUGCCUGUUUGCGCCUAAUUGUUAAACGACCCCGAGAAGAAAUGGAAGCAUGGAAGAUCCAACUUUGUUUUCUUCUUGUUUGCACUUUGCUGCAAAUCUACGAUGGGCUUUCUUACAGUGAGGAAGAGGAGCGAUGGUUCUUGCAUGACUGGCAGGGGCAAGGUAAAUCAUUGAAGAUGACCCGGCCGAUUGCAACCCUCAUGAAAAGAUCAAAACCACUUCGCUUCUAUGGACUCAUGGGGAAACGCUCAGGUAACAAAGCAGAGACGGGCUUAAUGAGAGGAAAACUCCCCAGCAGAGGUUUACCAGCGGAAUGGGACACAAUCCUGUACUGAUGGAGCAAAGAAUAAAGAAUGAGCAGCUAUACGAUGAUAUGCCAACCAAAGACGUGACAUUGUCGUUCUCCUCUGAUCCGGUUAUUUUCAAAUGACGCUAAUGCUAAUCUGAGCUGCUCCCUAAUGUGGAGAUGUGUGUUGUGUAUGCGCACAUUCGGGUCAUGUACUGUUUGACAUUCAAAACUCAGCUGAUGCUUCAACAAAAAGGCAAUUUAAAUGAUUUUCCUUUGACUUAAGUGGAACGUAUGGGCGCUCAACACACAAAAAAGGAGUCAAAUAUAAAAGUAAAAAAUAAAAUAUUGACAAAAAAAAGGACCCUUUGAUCUAUACUGACAGGAGGUUGAGGCUACUUGCGGCUGGUGAGGCUGUGGAGGUGAGUUUAUUCAGUAGCCUGAGGAUUUUUAGUGCUUAUGUCCCCUUGGGAGGAGUCCACUUCAGCGAGCUGGGGUCGAUGGUUUUGUUGCCGUUGCCUCGCUUGACCUCCUUGGCUUUCCACUCAUCAAUCAGAUCCUGCGUGCAAGCAGAAUGAGCAGAAUGAAGCUAAAUGGAGUGUCAAAGACUUAUGGAGAGGCUAAACCGGAUGAGCAAGAGUGAGUGCACUCUUGACAUUUCAGACAUUUUUACCGCAUCCUCUCAGGUGACAAAUUGAAUAUAGUUUAAAUUAGUCAGUGUACAGCAUGUAUGGUAGCAUUGAUUUACGACUCACGAUACUGUAUGCACACAGCAUGAGGUGAAAUGAGCAUUAUGGAACUGUUGAAAGUCGGUGCUACUACAAAUGAGUCGAUUAUUUCAGUUGUGCGUAAACUAAGAUGCAUCUUGUGUGUUAGCAUGUUAUUUAUAUACGAUCAUGAGCCUUGACUACAUAUAAACGCGCGCUACAAGCAAAGGGUAAGUGGAAAGACACU